CAAGAAGCUGAAUUAUUUUUCUUCAUCAUGCAGCUGCCUAGGAUAUAUCUUCUCAUACACAGAGCUCCGAUAUUCAAACCAUCUCCCUCAAAAACAAGUUCUUACUAUGGAUGUUGAGAUAAAGGACUUGUGCACGUACUGUGCCAAGCUAAUUCCACUGCGGAACUUGUCAACACCGUUUGAGAUCAAGCACCAAGCCAACCUAGCCCUGCUGGAAGUAUCAAGCAAAAGCUGCGCCUUUUGUGCCAUACUCCAAGCGCAGUGGACCCUCGAAGUUGUCCAGAAGCGCAUUCCCAACAUCAACAAAGGAGCCUACGAAGACAUAUUCUUGGAGUUGAAGGUAUUGGAUAUCCAAGGUUCAGACGAGGGGCUGGUGUGGGGCUUGCUGUCCAUCGGAUUCGAAGUACGAGCCCACGCUCUGAUCUACACGAACAAGAUAUCGAUCACCACUUGCCUGUCUAGAUUACAUGCGCAACAAUUAAAAUUGCAAGCUUCAAGCACGCCCCUCCAUGAAAGGCUGGCGACAGUAGGGACUUGGCUGCGAGAAUGCAAAGCUACUCAUCCCUAUUGCAAUACCAAAAUCGAACAAAUGCCCAAACGGCUGAUUGAUGUUGGCCGAGCUGGAGCACCACCUAAACUCGUAGCAUCAGUAGAUUUGGCGACUGGAUCAGCGACAUACGCCACUCUCAGCUACUGCUGGGGGGAGUCCACUUUCAAGACCGUCAGGUCAUCCGUGGACCUCUAUCAUCAUGAAAUACCUUUCGAGAAACUCCCUCGAACGUACCAAGACGCCAUUGUAUUUGCCCGAUCCCUAGGCAUCAAAUACCUCUGGAUCGAUGCCCUGUGUAUUGUCCAGGAUGAUAGCAACGAAUGGCAAGAAGAAGCUUCAAGAAUGCAAGACAUUUAUGCUGGUAGCGAGCUCACAAUCGCUGCUACCGAUGCGCCCGAUGGCUCAACUGGAUGUUUUCCAGAGACCGAUACUAGCCCGUCGCUCCACGCUCAAGAUAGUGCUCAGAUGAUUGCUAUGAGAGACUCUGUCUCCGGUCAAGGAUAUCUGGUGCAUGUCUACAUCGGAGAUCUCAGGAAAGUGACCGAAGACUCCAUCCUGAACACAAGAGGCUGGGUUCUUCAAGAAAUGGUGCUCUCACACCGCAUCCUGCACUGCAUGACUUCCGGUCUAUUCUGGCAAUGCAAAACCCACUCGAGAUUCGAGAUGGGAUUGGUAUUUGAUUACUCUGCUCCUGGGAUGAGGUACACCUUGUCGGGCGCAUUAUUGGAUCGCGGCACAAGAUCGAUGCACAGGCACUGGUGGACCUGGAUGACUAGUUACUCGGAGCGUCAGUUCUCGUUCCCCAGAGAUCGCCUUCCCGCCAUGGCUGGCUUGGUGCGGCACUACCAGUCCGCCAGCAACGAUAAACCCAUGCUUGGGCUCUGGGAGCGCUCUUUUACCCAGGACUUGCUCUGGAUGAGGAGGGGAGCUCUGGGUACAGAGACGCCGCGUGACGACAGCGACCUGCCGAAUAUGCCGUCGUGGUCGUGGCUGUCGUGCCAGACUAUGAUCAAGUUCGAUUUCUGGGGUGUGGCGGACGAUGAUAGUGAGAAGGAGAAGCAUCAGAUCGUGAUGGAUCAUUCAGCUCUUGUCGAGUGGGACAUUCAAUGGGUGUCCGAGCCGCUUGUGUCUGAUGUGAAGUCAAGUCGGGUUGUUGUAGAGGGCCCUGUCGUCGAGUUGACGUUCAACACGUCGCCCGAAUCUUUGAGUUUCACACCACCCUAUUUGCAUGUCAAUGAUGAGGAGCUUGACUUUGAGAAAGAUAAGAUACCUUGGAGGUGUGCAGCUCAGUUUGAUUCAUUUGAAGCGAGAGAUAGUGUUUUUCCCGCACAGUGUUUGUGUCUUCUUCUCAGAUCCAGGGCGUACAAAACAGGCAGUCAAAUCAAGGAAGCGUUUUUGAUCUUGAGUCCUGUUCAAAGACCCCAGAAUGUCUAUAAAAGAAUCGGCAUUGGGAGCAUCGGGGGAGAGAAACCAACUUUUGAUCUUCAGAGACGAAGAGUAUUGGAACUGGUGUGAACCUAGAAGCAGGAAGCACGGAUUCGAACAAGUCCUUACGUGGGAAGGAUUCACAGCCAUCUGUCUCAUAACAACUACCUAUCCCAAAGUAUGCCUCAAAUCACGUUGUUUUGAGGCAUUUGCGGCCUGGAAUCAUAUUGAGGACCAUGAUCAGUCGUCAUGUGUCUGCGAAUCUCUCUCCUCAAGACAUCAGGAAAUGAUAUUUCUACCGCACAUUUGGGAUCUGACCCCAAUACUCUCGAGCCAUUCAGAAUGGACAAGCAUCGCGUGUACUCAGCAAGCCGUUAUGGUUCGGUGUUGGUGAUUUAUGAGUGGAGAUGAUACUUAUGGAUAUCAAAUCACAGAACGGUAUGCAUGAAGCUCUUGAUGUUCAAAUGUUUUCUUUUAAUUGCGGAUAUCUACCUACAUAUCCAGUUACCGGACCAGCCAGAUAGAAACACAUCCUCUACCUAGCAGUGUAACCACCAUCAAUAACAAGAUCCGCUCCAGUAGUAUACGUACUAGCAUCCGAGCAAAGAUAAACAUACGCCCCCUUCAACUCCUUCGCAUCGCCAUUCCGUCCCAUAGGAAUCAUACUCAUCCACAAAUCCUGCACCUUCUUAUCCACAAAAUCACUCAACCCCGUAUCAAUAUACCCCGGACUAAUACUAUUCACCCUGGCAAACCCACGCCACUCAUUCGCCAGACUCCUCGCCAUAUGAAUACACCCGGCCUUCGCAACAUUGUAGCUCGUCUGUUCCUGGGGGAAGUUCGCGAUGUGGCCGGACAUGCUCGCAGUGAUGACGAAGGAGCCGGUCCCGCGCUCCUUGAAGUGUGCGCCGACGGCUUUGGCGCAGUGGAAGGUGCCGUUCAGGUCGGUCUGGAUGACUUCGUUCCAGGCCUCGACGGUGCCGUCGAGGAUGCCGCUGUCGGCGGUGCGGCCGGCGUUGGCGAUGAAGGCGUCGAUCUUGCCGAAUUCUUUGAUUACGUCUGACACGAGGCCUGAUACGGAUUCCCAGUUGCCGACGUCGCAUUUGUAGGCUUUGACUUUGACGCCGUAUUUCUCGGCGAGCUCUUUGGCGUUCUUUUCGCCGCCUUCGGGGCGGGAGGCGCUGGGGGGAGGGUUAGCUUGUGUUCAUUGGUUGGUGAUUGGAGGUCAAUUGGCUGGUUGAAGGGAAGAGGGACAAGGAGGGAAUGGUGAAAGAGGCGAUGACGGUGAUGGUAAUGGUACCAGUGUGUGGAUCGGUGGAUGUAGAGAGGUCUUGGGAAAGUCUUGGGCAGAACAAACUUGAUUGAGAUACAUACUAUGUGAUAGCCAAGUCUGCUCCCAUCUCGGCGCAACCACGAGCAGCUUCAAUACCCAUUCCUCUGGGUCCGGAAGCACCGGUGACGACAACGACCUUGCCUUUGAGCGAGAACAUCUCCGCAAGGGAGUCCGUCUUUGGUAUUCCGAUAGGCAUGUUGGAAGAUGUAUAUGAUGUGUGUGUUGUGUUUGGUGUAGUUAAAUAGCAAUUGACCUUGACCCUUUGGUUGAGGUGUGAAGAUGGUGAAGU